AUGUCUUCGCAAAUUUGGCCUACAACAGAACCCUCGAAAGUUAAUUCGUUAUGGUAUCGACCAUUACAGCCUAGUCGAGAAGAAUCCAGUUUGACGAAGUUAGAAGAAAUGCUGGAUCAGACGCGUCGACAAUGUCUUGAAAAAGGAGUCAAUUUACCAUUUCCUGGAAAGGCCGAUGUAGACAGCGCCGAGGAUGAUGAAGACGCAGAUGAAGCUGAAGAAGAAAGCGAAGGAGGCGAACCGGACGAUGAAGUUGAUGCACAACAAGCUCUGGGCUCGCCUGGAAUUGCAACUGGUGCUCCACCAUUACCACUUGAUCUUUGA